UGUAAAUAAAGAUUAACACAUCAAAAAGUAUGUAUAAAUACCGUAGAAAUCGCUAUGUUCAGUAUCAGUAUCUCUUCAUCCAUAGAAUUAGUGUGGCUUGAAUAACUAUUGAUAAUCAUGAAGAAUUUUGCCUUAGCAAUUCUUGUUAUUACCUUUAUAGUCGCGGUAUUUGGGAAUGUCAACCCAGAUCCGCCUCCUCAACCUGCGCGUAUUCGUCGUGAAGCUGAACCGGAAGCUGAACCUGGCAAUAAUCGGCCAGUAUAUAUUCCACAACCAAGACCCCCUCAUCCGCGUCUACGCCGUGAAGCUGAACCGGAAGCUGAACCCGGCAAUAAUCGACCAGUAUAUAUUCCACAACCAAGACCCCCUCAUCCGCGUCUACGCCGUGAAGCUGAACCGGAAGCUGAACCCGGCAAUAAUCGACCAGUAUAUAUUCCACAACCAAGACCCCCUCAUCCGCGUCUACGCCGUGAAGCUGAACCGGAAGCUGAACCCGGCAAUAAUCGACCAGUAUAUAUUCCACAACCAAGACCCCCUCAUCCGCGUCUACGCCGUGAAGCUGAACCGGAAGCUGAACCCGGCAAUAAUCGACCAGUAUAUAUUCCACAACCAAGACCACCUCAUCCACGUCUCCGCCGUGAAGCAGAACCGGAAGCUGAACCCGGCAAUAAUCGACCAGUAUAUAUUCCACAACCAAGACCACCUCAUCCGGUAAAUAUUUAAAUAUAAAUUACAUUGCAUUACAUUUAAAUUAUUAAAUAUAAAUUCAAUAACAUGACAAUAUUUUUUAUCAAAUUUUAUUUUGAUUUCCUAUUAAAAAUUAUGAAUAUUAUAUGUAUUUAAUCUUAUUUUUUAGCGAAUCUAAUUUAUGAAGAAUAUGAAGCUUUCAUGUGAAGAAGUUCACAUGAAAUAUCAAAUUUAAUAAAAUAUUUUUAAUCAAUUCAUUGUAAAAUAUUGUACUUAAUGCUAAUUUUAAAAUAAAUUUGAUUUUAUUAUAAUAAAA